UGCAAGUUGUAGUCGAAACAGGUAUUGGACUUGGUGUAUUUGCUGGCGCAACUAUUGGAAUUGAUGAAACAGUACGAGCGCUUUCUGCAUGUGCUAUUCGAAAAGCACUUGAAGAAGAUGGGCCAACUUAUCGAAACAUACGUGCUGUUGUGUUUGCUCUACCUAUUUUCGAUGUAGAUUAUCGAAAUGGUAGAAGACAAGAUACCUAUCAAGCCUUCGCUGAUGAAUUCAAUGAAAGCAAUUACCAGGGUCCUAUUCCUGUAUUAAUUGCUGAUCAAGAUAUGCAUCGAUUAACAGUAGCUAUUGCUCGAAUGGGUUUCAAUGUUUCUGAAUUGAAUCCUGCUGAUUCACAUGGUGUAUUUGGUGAAUAUUGGCAAAAUCGAGGACCAGCUGUAGAAGAAAAACUAGCUUUGACUACAGUGGGUCUACUUGUACAACAUCAUCUCAUUAACCAAAAUGUACUCGAUCCAAGCAACUAUCAUUUUAUUUAA